CGUGCAUAUUGACGUGAUUAAACGGUACUGUCCAUCUUUUAACGUUCUUCUGGAAAUAACAGCCUACUGUCUAGCACUGACUGCCUGCGUACAAUAACAUAGAAAGACCAACCAAAUAUCAACACGGAAACUGAACAUGUCGCUGUAAGUCUGCAAACUAUAGUUAGUUUGUAGCUAGUUAGCUAUUUUUAGCGAGCCUCUCUUGCUGCGGAUGUCAAGUGGUUAGCCAAGUUAGGUUAGUUAGGGUUAGAACGAAGAGAGGUUUCCAAGCAAACGGCGAAUGUUUACUUUUCUUACUAUUCUAAAAGAGUUUCAGAAGCAUGAGUGGCAGAAACCGCUCCUGUGCUUCAGCCAGCCAGGUGUGUUGCGCCUCGUCCUUUGCCAGGCAACCUCCACGUGUUCUGAUUGUGGAUGUGUCGCUACCCUGGUGGUCAGAGACUUAUUCUGUCCUAUGCGAGGCACUUGAGAACUUUCUGUCUCUGGCAAGCAGCCUGGAGGGGCCCAGCAGGGUACCUCUCCUGAGUCUCUAUGCAGUGAAUGUACAGCAGGAGUGUCUGCUGCCAUUUGUGCAAGUGAAGGGGAAUUUGAUGCGAUUGCAUUCGUGUGUGGAGGAGCUGCGUUCUCUGCCUGUGGAGGGUUGCACCCGCCCACGGGUUGAGCUCCUCAAACAGGCAGUGCUCGACAGCCUGCAUCAGUACAAACACUACAUACGCCAUGUGGCACCGGGGAACAAUCUGAGCAGUGGCUCUGUCGAGGUGACGGUGUUGAGCAGCCAGCCAGGCCGAGCUGUGCUCAGGCAGCUGGAGCAGGGCUUGAAGGACUCUGACCUGGUUAGUCUGCGCAGGCUGGUGGUGGUCCAUAUCACUGUGGAGCGGAACUUUCCGGAGACAGAGCCAGCACUGAGCCCUGAGCAGUGUUUUGCAGAGGGCUUGGACCAGCCUGAAGAGGAUAUGAUGUUGGGAGCAGAGAUUGAUUUGCAACAAGUGGAGAACAGUGUGGUUGCCAUGGAGAAUGUCCUGAAGGCAUGGCUACAUGACCAAGCAGGAGAAAAGGAACAUCUUCAGCUGUUUUUACCUGCACCUGGACAGACACCAGGCCCAUCAACCACCCCUGCUCACAGACCUAGUCCUGUCUGUAUAAAGUGUGACUUGCAGGAGAGGCUUGUGAGUCCCGCCCUUCUCCCUGGCACUCCUGACCUUGGAGCCAAAACUGAGAGUGUCCGAGACUUCCAGCCCCACAGCAAGAGCGUGUCCAAUCAGAGCUCUGUGCCACAGCGACUGCAGGUCAUCAAAGCUCUGCAGGCUGAAGGACUGUGCCAGUCUGUGCUGUAUGGCCUUCCACUGCUCAUCAGACCUACCACUUGUUGGCAGAUUGACUGGGAUGAGAUGGAGAGCAACCAGCAGACCUUCCAUGCUCUCUGCCACACAAUAAGAACCCGUGACUGGUUUCUCCUAGUGCGCUCUGAGCCUCAGUUUGGCUCUGGUUGCAGUGUGGCCUCCUACUACAUACUGCAGGCCUCAGGCUCCCUCUCUCUCUUACUCAAACCUGUCCUUACUCGAGAACUAAUGCUGCCCUGUAAUCUGCCUGUCUCAAAUGAGGAUCCACCGCUCAACGCUCUCACUGUGGUGGAGAGCUGCCUGGAUCAGCUGGAAGAGGACCCUGUGUUCAACCCUCUGUGUCUGGGCUCCAACCUCUAUCUACACCUGAGGAUGAGAGGCCUGCUCUCACGCCCCUAUGGGUCUCGCUCACAGAGCCAGGGUCGAGGCCAGCGCAGAGAUACCCACCAUCCACCAGAGGGCUCCACAUCACGACAGCUCCAAAAGCGACGUGCUAGGGCCACUGUGGCCCCCCUUCCCUCUGGCCCCCCAGCUAAGCCAGCUCGACCCCCUCUCACGCUGAGCCGCUCACGCCCCCGCCCCCCCUCCCUCUGCCUGAUCGAUGGUGAUAAUGAUGAGGAGGAAAUGGCCUGCUGAUAAAGACCCAAGAGUGCAAGUUUAAAAAGAAAACCUUUAUGGAGGAUGAGCAGUUUUGGUUCAUCUUUAUAUUAGGAAGUUUGUCAUAUUUCUGUCUGUGUGGCAAACAGAUGGGAUCUAGCAGAUGUCAGAAGGACUCAUGCAGCUUCCAUAUAUAGGAAUUUUUCUGUCAGUAAAAUUGCAUUUUUAAUGAAAAUUUUAAUAAAAUCUUCAGCUUUUUUCACUUA